GUCUCACCUUCAAGAAAGCAAAAAGAAAAGUUUACAUUCUCAUUUAGAGAUCACUCCUACAAAAUGGUCAGUACUAAAAAGCUCAUUAAAAUGGCGAGAAAGUGGCAAAAACUAGCAGCUGCAAGCAGAAGAAGAAUUUCAUGGUCAAGAACAAUUGCUGCAAAGGGUCACUUUGUAGUUUACACAAGUGAUAAAAGACGGUUUAUGAUUCCUUUGGCUUACCUCAAAAGUGAGAUUUUCACGGAGCUCUUUCGAAUGGCAGCGGAUGAGUUUGGUGUCACAGCUUCAGGGCCAAUUAUACUUCCUUGUGAUUCAACUUUCAUGGAGUACGCAAUCUCCAUGAUCCAAAGACAUGUAGCUGAGGAUUUAGAGACGGCACUGAUCAUGUCCCUUACCACCUGCAGAUAUUUUGCAUUGUCAAAUAACCUUCGAGAACAAAAUAAUCAACAAUUGUUAAUAUGUAGCUUUUAGAAACUUUCCUAGGUCUUGUAUAGAUUAUAAAUAGUAUACUUCUUGUGAAAUGCCGGAAGAAUUUCAAAUAAAAAGAUCUUGUUCCUUUAACAUUACGCCUGUGUUUUUGAUUUAACGUU